AUGAAAGUGAAAACCGUUGGUGCACAGCUUGCAAAACACAAACAAAGCGGUGGCUCAAUAAAGAAGAAGAACAAGCACCAAGUCAAGAAGGGAGCCCGCGUAGUCAAGGCCAAAUCAAAAGCUCAGGACGCGAACUUGACCGCAAUGAAAAAGAACCUCGAAAAAAUGAUUAAAAGCAAGGUAGAAACUGAAGUUGCGGCAAAAGUGGCACACACCGAACCUUUGUCUUUGAAAUUUAUCAAAUAA